AUUCCAUUCUUGAAUCUGAAUCUUGGAUCCAUAAUUGUGCUAUUUUGAACAGGAUUCACAGAACAUAAUUUGAAUUUGCACAAGACUCGGCCACAAGACUGGCUUGGACUGGUUUGAUUUGUUUUGGAAAUGAACAGUGCACAGACUAUAUCCCUAAACAAAACAGAGAUGGAAAACAUUCCAGAAGACUUCCAAGAACAGGAGAUGAACCACGAGAUGGUGAACAACACUGCAUGUUCUCCCAAUGGCUUCCCAGGGGUUCCUCAUGUGCGCGGACAUGAGUCUGCAGCCCAACGCUACACGGCCACACGUUUACAAGCAGGUUUUCCAGACAGUAUGGCAGACUAUCUGAUAAGUGGAGGAACAGGCUAUAUCCCUGAUGAUGGACUGUCUGCCCAGCAGCUCUUUUCAGUUGGAGAUGGUCUCACCUACAAAUCAGAACAGCAGUCUGUCCCAGACGGACUCACGGCGGAAGAGCUUUGCUCUAUGGGGGACGGUAUGACUUACAAUGACUUCCUGAUCUUGCCUGGCUUCAUUGACUUCACCUCAGAUGAAGUGGACCUGACCUCAGCAUUGACCAAGAAGAUCACACUGAAGACCCCACUCAUCUCCUCUCCUAUGGAUACUGUUACCGAAUCCUCAAUGGCCAUUGCCAUGGCACUGAUGGGAGGAAUUGGCAUCAUUCACCAUAAUUGCACACCAGAGUUUCAGGCCAACGAGGUGCGCAAAGUGAAGAGGUUUGAACAGGGUUUCAUCACUGAUCCAGUGGUCCUGAGUCCUCAUCACACUGUAGGUGAUGUACUUGAAGCAAAAGUUCGACACGGAUUCUCUGGAAUCCCCAUAACUGAGACGGGCAAGAUGGGCAGCAAACUGGUCGGCAUCGUCACGUCACGAGACAUUGAUUUCCUGUCUGAGAAAGAUCAUAACAAACCCCUCGAGGAGGCGAUGACUAAAAGAGAGGAUCUUGUAGUCGCUCCUGCUGGUGUCACACUAAAAGAAGCCAAUGACAUCCUGCAACGCAGCAAAAAAGGUAAACUGCCCAUCGUUAAUGAUAAGGAUGAACUGGUGGCCAUAAUAGCCCGCACAGACCUGAAGAAGAACAGGGACUAUCCUCUGGCCUCCAAAGACUCCCGCAAACAGCUGCUGUGUGGUGCUGCCAUCGGCACCCGUGAAGACGAUAAAUACCGUCUGGACCUGCUCAUGCAGUCUGGAGUGGAUGUAGUGGUUUUGGAUUCGUCACAAGGCAAUUCUGUAUACCAGAUUAACAUGAUCCAUUACAUCAAGCAGAAGUACCCAGAUCUGCAGGUUGUGGGAGGGAAUGUGGUUACAGCUGCUCAGGGGAAGAACCUGAUAGACGCAGGGGCCGAUGCGUUGAGAGUGGGAAUGGGCUGUGGUUCUAUCUGCAUCACACAGGAAGUCAUGGCAUGUGGACGGCCUCAGGGUACCUCCGUGUACAAGGUGGCAGAGUACGCUCGGAGGUUUGGGGUGCCUGUCAUCGCAGAUGGGGGCAUCCAGACGGUCGGCCAUGUGGUGAAGGCACUGUCCCUGGGGGCAUCGACAGUUAUGAUGGGAUCUCUGCUGGCCGCCACCACAGAAGCUCCGGGCGAAUAUUUCUUUUCUGAUGGGGUGCGACUGAAGAAAUACAGAGGCAUGGGCUCACUAGAUGCUAUGGAGAAAAACGCCAGCAGCCAGAAACGAUACUUCAGCGAGGGCGAUAAGGUGAAGGUGGCUCAGGGAGUGUCGGGCUCAGUGCAGGACAAAGGCUCCAUCCAUAAAUUUGUCCCAUACCUCAUCGCUGGAAUCCAACACGGCUGCCAAGACAUUGGUGCAAAAAGCCUAUCUGUGCUCCGGUCCAUGAUGUAUUCCGGAGAGCUGAAGUUCGAGAAGCGGACCAUGUCUGCUCAGGUGGAGGGUGGCGUGCAUGGACUUCACUCUUAUGAGAAACGUCUUUACUAAUGGAGCAUGCAGAACACGGAUGGGAAACAGCGACCAAACCCCUCAGACAAUUCCUAGAACUUACCCCACCCUGCCAGAACCCGUUCUGUGCUCUUCACCGUUCCUCUGGCACGACAACCACCGUGAGAUAUGGAGAAGAGAAUUAUUAAAUGAGUUUGAGAGCAGGACCACAAACUAAUUCAGUCCCCAAAAACAUGGUAGUUGCACUCAAGGGAGCAUCAGGGUUACUGAAAAGCUGCUUGUUUGUGUGUUUUUGCAGCUGUGUUUAUGAGCAUACUGGCAGAAACAAGAUGGCAUUUGCAGCGAAUAUUCUUGAAAGCCUUUUUCCCCCUCCCAAACUGAUUCUUGCAACCAUGUUGUUCUCUUGAAUAUUUUUUUUAAGGCAGCAUCAGUGUCUAUA